CUCACGGGAUACGUGCAAUGGAGCCACUAUCUGAUAGCAACUCAGCAGAGGGAGGGAGAGUAUGGACACAGUAACUUCAUCAACAUUACCAGACGGCUUGAUGGUGGCAUGAAAAAUAAAGAUGCAGCGGAGAAAGACCAAAGAGGAUGACACUCUGAUCACAGAUGAGCAGGAUCUCCAGGAGGCCGGUUAUGGGAGCUUAAAGACCACGGAGGACUACAUAUAUGAAUUCAUCACCUUGGGCCCCGAGAAAGUCUCAAAGCAGACCACAUAUGAAAGCUUUGCUGAUAACUAUGGGCAGAAUAUAGAGGAUGCCAAGGGUGGGAGGCAACCCAUGAGUUACCCUGAGGUCCCACGGAGGAAUAAACAAGUGCCAUUAAGCCAUGCUGUGAAGAGCGCUGCGAACCUCUUCAGUGAUGAGACAGCCAGGAUAGACUUUAUUCUGGUAUGGGAAUCAGAUUACCAGAAUUUGGAAGGACAAGGUGAUGUGGCUGAGAAAUCAAAUCGAAGGCAGAAGAGAUCGCUUGAAAUACAUAGUGUGUGGCGAGAGAAUUUUCUGAAGAAACUCCAGAAGAAAGGGAUUAGAAUGGAAAAGCACAUUGCCCAGAAUGCAAGGAAGCUGGUGCACUUUAUAUUGCUGAGCGCUCCUUGGAGUGUGCUCUGUUAUUAUGCUGAAGACCUCAGGCUGAGGGUUCCCUUGCAGGUUGUGCCCAAUAUUCAGGCUGUAGCUAACUGGUCUCACAGGUUGCUGGUGAAGCUGGGCAUCCCCAAUAUGCUCUAUGAUGAGGUUCCUAACUUUCCCUUGGAUUACUACACCUGUCAUUUCAAGGCAAAUAAAUUACCCUGGUUUCUUGGGAGUGAACAUCACGAUACCUUCUUCAACACCACACAACGACACAGAAUACUAUAUGAGAUCCUGGCCACCACGUCAUAUGGCAACCCAAAGGCAGGGCAGGUUGGAAUAGAAAGGCUGCUGAAUGAGGAGGUCUUCACAGCUGCAUUCCCAUUGCAUGAUGGUCCCUACAAGAUUCCCCAGAAGGAGAUUCCCCAUAUUCAGCUAAAUCAGAGGCAGAUUCUUUUCCACUACUGGGCCCAGUGGAGCAAGUGGAAUAAGUACCAGCCAUUGGAUCACAUCCGCAGGUACUUUGGGGAGAAGAUUGCUCUCUACUUUGCCUGGCUUGGUUUCUACACUGGGUGGCUUUUGCCAGCAGCUGUAGUGGGGACACUAGUCUUCAUAAUAGGCAUAUUUAUGAUGCUUGAUGACAUCCCUACGAAGGAGAUCUGUACCAGUGAGGGGAAAUACAACAUGUGCCCACUCUGCAAAGUCUGCCCCUAUUGGAACCUCUCCACCAUUUGCCCAAUGUUUCAGGCUGGUCGCCUCUUUGAUCAUGGUGGGACUGUCUUCUUCAGCAUCUUCAUGUCUUUAUGGGCAGUCACAUUUCUUGAAUACUGGAAGCGGCUGAAUGCUACCUUGACAUACCGCUGGGACUGUUCAGACUUCGAAGAUAUCGAGGAACGUCCACGGCCCCAAUUCACUGCUAUGGCACCCAUGACAACCACAAAUCCAAUCACUGGAGCGGAGGAGCCCUAUUUCCCCACACGGAGCCGUUUCAAAAGAAUCAUGGCUGGAUCAAUGGUCAUCAUCAUGAUGAUUGCUGUGGUGGUGAUGUUCCUGAUUUCGAUAAUCCUUUACCGGGCCAUCAUUGCCGUAGUUGUAGCCAAGUCUGGGAAAUACCUUCUUGUAGCUUCGGCUUCUCGUAUUGCUAGCCUCACUGGCUCAGUGGUGAACCUCCUCUUCAUCCUCAUCCUAUCAAAAAUUUACACUUCACUGGCACUUUUUCUUACCAAGUGGGAGAUGCAUCGUACACAGACCAUGUUUGAAGAUGCGUUCACCUUCAAGGUGUUUGUCUUUGAGUUCAUCAAUUUCUACUCCUCUCCCAUCUACAUUGCGUUCUUUAAGGGCAGGUUUGUAGGCUAUCCAGGACGCUAUUCCACGUUGCUGGGUAUCCGCAAUGAAGAUUGUGGUCCAGGUGGCUGCCUCAUUGAACUUGCCCAAGAGCUGCUUGUCAUCAUGGUGGGAAAGCAAAUAAUUAAUAAUGUGCAGGAGCUCCUCAUCCCGAAGUUGAAAUCAUGGUGGCAGAAGCGGAAGUCUCACUCCAAAAGGAAUGAGGGCCAGGAAAGCUCCACGAAGCAGCUCUGGGAGAGUGAUUACGAACUGCUGCCCUAUGAAGGGCUCUUUAACGAAUACCUGGAAAUGGUCCUGCAGUUUGGCUUCAUUACCAUCUUUGUGGCCGCCUGCCCCUUGGCACCUCUCUUUGCCUUGCUCAACAACUGGGUGGAAAUUCGCUUGGAUGCUCACAAAUUUGUUUGUGAAUACAGGCGGCCGGUUGCUGAGCGGGCCCAAGGCAUGGGCAUCUGGUUCCCUAUCCUGGAAGUCAUCACACACCUGGCAGUCGUUAGCAAUGCCUUUCUGAUUGCCUUCACCUCUGACUUCCUCCCUCGGCUAUAUUACCAGUACACUCAUGCCAGCGAUCUACAGGGCUACAUUGACUUCACCCUGGCCUAUGCCCCCAAAUCUUUUGUCCUGGAGCACAAUGUCACAUGCAGGUACAGAGCAUAUCGAGAACAAAGUGGCAGGUAUUCACUAGCAUAUUGGAAUCUACUGGCAAUCCGCCUUGGCUUCAUAAUUGUAUUUGAGCACGUGGUCUUCUUCAUUGCACGUCUGAUUGAUAUGAUGGUGCCCGACAUCCCAGAAGUGGUGGAGAUCAAAGUGAAGCGAGAGCAGUAUCUAGCUAAAGAGGCUCUGGCUGAGAACAAGACCCUCACCGAAGUGAUAGAUGCGAGAAAUCCAACCCCUCUGGCAGAGAAAGCACCAUAGUAGGAGGCUCAUGAUGCUGAAAGACAUUCUGGUUUUGAUCCAGGCCAAGUUGCCAAGCUUCUGGAAGAGCAAGGGGUGGGGAGGUGAGCAGCCUAGAAGAAUUUGACAAAAAGUAACACUUCUCUGCACAAGUGCUGUACUGUAGAAGGAGACUUGGAGCUUUUAAAGGCUUCAGGAAUUUGAUCGAUCCAGCUGCUGCUUUAAGGACUUUGAGAAGUGUUAACUUGGCAAAGGACAAGAUAUACAUGGAGAAUGGAUUAAUCUAACCAGCCCACUCAUCAGCUCUGCAAUCAUUUGCCUAACUGAACAGCUUUGUCAGGCUUUCCAUGUCCUCACUGCCCAAGAAGUGACUUCUACUGAUAUUUAUAGAGUUAUAGUCUAGCAGUGAGCACAGAGGAGUCCUACAUUCCUGUUUACAAAGAGGGAGGGCUGCUUUUUAACUUGUGAAGAAGUACUGCUUAGCGACAAGGAAUCUUCCAAAGAGGGAAGAAGCUGCAUCACUUGGAUGGCUUAUAAGAGUGAGAGCUGCUCUGAUGAGCUAAGGGCAGAUUACUGGAGAGUAGCUGUGCACUUUGCUUAGCAUGCAGUGGCCAGCUUAACAGAAGAUUACUGCUUGAGAAGGCAACCAUUUGAGAGCUUGUACUGAGCUUCACAAGCUGCCUGCUCCUCCCUUCCUCUCACACAAGCAAUACAAGACUGUGAGUAUCUUCUGUACAUCAGUUUGAAUCUGCUUUAGCUGGAAGCUACAUGUUUCAGCAAUGUGGCAUAUGCCAAAUACUAGUGAUUGCAAUCAUGAUUAAACAGUACCCCUGCUGACAGUAAAAAGGCAGAAUCUGUCCAACAUUCAGUAUGAACAGCUAAAAAGUGCAAGUUCUUUUACAAUUGUUUGGAAUUAAUUGUGAAAGGUUAAGAGUUAGCAGCUGUUCAGUAUUUCAUUAGGAAGGCAGGUAGAAAUUUUGAAUUAGUGACUUCUUAAAAAAAACUAUAAAGUAUGCAGAAAAUAAAGACAACCACUCAAAA